AUGGAUCUCUCUAGUUACUUCCUCUCAUCCCCAUCCUCUUCUUCUUCCACACCACCUGAUCAUCAAAAGAAGUCAAAGCGCCGCCAACCGCAGCAGCAGCAAGAGAGAAGCAACAGCAGAAACAACAACAACAUUAACAACAACAACAACAACAACGCAGCGGUAGCCGCAGCAGAGACAGGCGGGGGUGGCGGUGGCGGCAUGAGGUACCUGGGGGUUCGGCGGCGGCCAUGGGGUCGGUACGCGGCAGAGAUACGUGACCCGGCGACGAAGGAGCGGCACUGGCUUGGCACGUUCGACACAGCGGAGGAGGCGGCGGUGGCGUACGACCGCGCAGCCCGCUCCCUCCGCGGCCCCCGCGCCCGCACCAACUUCGCCUUCCCCGACCUCCCCCUGGGCUCCUCCCUCACCCCCUUCCUCUCCCCCGACCUCCACCACCACCACAACCUCCUCUUCUUCGCUACCCCAUCCCCUACCCCACCCCCACAACCCUCUCCUCCCCCUCCUCCUCCUCCUCCUCCUCAUGAUCCAACCAACCUGACCGUUGACUUUGACUUUGACCUUGACCUCGACUUUGACUUUUCUGGUGGGCCCCAGCACUCCGCUGCCUCCGUCCCUGGGCUCGCGGAGGCGGAGUCGGCGGCGGGCCAUUGUAGUGCUUCUCCCGGCGGCGGGGCCAGGUCGAGCGGGUUCGAGUUUAUGAACGAGUACGCCUACGGGCCGGAGUCGGCGGCGGAGUCGGGGAUAUUCUUCGAGGAAGGCUAUGUCCACAGCCCGCUUUUCGGGCCGAUGCCGGCCGCAGACGACGCCGCAGCUGCCGCUGUUGCCGACGGGUUCCAGCUCGGCGGCUCCGCCUCUUCAUUCUUCUUCUGA